AGUUGAAAAAAAAGCACCUGUUAAGGGAAGAAUUCUUCCUCUUAGGAGUGCAUUGAAAAGAAAUAAGAAAAAUGAUAUUGAAGAAGUGAAAGAAGAACAGAAAACAGAACUUGCAAAAGUCAAUGUUAAAGGAAAAAGGAAAAUGAAAAAAAGAAAGGAAGAAGAAGAAGAGGUUCAAGAAGAAGAGGAGUUAGAGGGAAAUGAUGAAGAAGAGCAAGAAGAGGAGGAAGAACAAAAUGAGGAAGAAGAGGAAGAAGAGGAAGAAGAUGAGGAAAAUGAGGAAGAUGAAGAAGAUGAAGAAUGGGAAGAAGAAGAAGAAAAAGAACAAAACAAGAUGCCAAAAGGUAUAUUUAGUAUACUAAAAUAUUAAACAUUGUAUUACAUGUUUAUCAAAACUUCUUAAUUGUAUGUUCUUCUCCAACAGAGAAAACAG